CGUCAUUGAGUGAGGAGGAAGUGCGAGUCGCGGCUGGAAAGUGUCGAAAUAAACCCCGUCUUAGUCAUGUGAGGUGCAAAUCCAGUUCGCUAAGAAAAUGGUCAGAUAAGAACCACGAGCGGUGUCACCCCCUUUUUUUUAUAAGUGCUCGCAUCCCCCAGAAAAGUGAUUCGAGAUGGAUAUGAUGACCGAGGGCGAGACCGUGUACAACUCGCACGAUGACUCCCACGUCGUCAUGUCGGAGAAGGUGCAAUCUCUGGCGGGCAGCAUUUACCAGGAGUUCGAGCGGAUGAUUUCCCGCUACGACGAGGAUGUGGUCAAGGACCUCAUGCCCCUCGUCGUCAACAUCCUGGAAUGCCUGGACCUCGCCUACACAGAAAACCAGGAGCAUGAGGUGGAGGUGGAGCUGCUACGAGAGGACAACGAGCAGCUUGUCACCCAGUAUGAGCGGGAGAAACAGCUCAGGAAGACCUCGGAGCAGGUGAGUCGUCAACAGCAGGAGGAGCAGAGCCGGACGCAUGCGGCCUCGCGAAUGCAUACGGGCACGCAUAGGCCUAUACAUACACAAACAUGAGUGUAAGCGAGAUGUGUAAGGAAAAGGGGGUGAAUGACUAGAUGGACGGGUAAAUAAACGGAGUGGAGAGAAGGAUGCACCCACUGUGUUGCUGGCUGUUGCAGCUGAGAUCGUUGCAACUCGACGAAUUCUAAUAGGCGAAGGUUAAAUGGCGUCGGCAAGGAGGAGUAUUCGGAGAGGAGGGGGAGGGGGAGGAGGAGGACGACGACGACGUUGUGGUGAGGAAGAAAGGCGAGGAAUGAAAGAAGGAAAGAGAAACGGACCAAAUUUGAGUUAGGGUAGAUAAUACGAAGGAGGAAAAAAAGAAAAGGGGAAGGAAGGGAGAAAGGAGGUAGGCAGGGAGAAGUUGAGUGAGUGAAAGAGAGAGGCAGACAAAUAGACAGAAUGAAUGAAUGAAUGGAUGAAUAUAAGAAUGCGAAUAAGAAAAAAAAGAGACGGGAAUGAUAGGGUGAGUGAGACAGAGAAAAAAGCAAAAGUAUGGAGAAAGACUAGCGAGGGUGAGGACGAGGGGGUCACGUGGCCCCAGGCAGCCGCGCGGAGAAGGUCAGCGUGCCUGCACUCCUAUUAGCUCAUCGAGGAGCGGCCGCCGGGCGUCCCGUGACUGCCACCUGGGCCGGCCGGGAUGCGGGCGAGCAAGGGGCCGAAGGUGGCGCAGCAGAGGCACGAGGGGCGUGUCGUGAGGCAGAUGGUUGCGUGUACUAUCUCUUCCCGGACAGAGAAGAGGGAAGGGAAAGGGAGGAGAGUGAUGAUAAGGAGAUGGGGCGGGUGGA